GGCCACUCGUCCUGGUCGCACCCCCCUUCCCUGACCGAUGCCGCCACCCAUCGUGUCAUCCCUUCCCCACUGGCUCGGAGCUCAUGCUCGCCGUGGUACGUCUGGUCUUAGCGCCGCUCCUUGCGCUUCCUCCGACGUAGGGCAUCUCUCGGCGCCCUUCCCAGCUACCCCCCUCGAUCCCGGCGUUGCACCGCGCCCCCUCCUCCUUCUGAUUGGUGUCGCCCUCCAUCGAUCACUGCCACCGGUCGCGUCUCUAACCGAUACGCCUCUCCCACUCUCCUAG